AUGGUCGAAGACUUUGCACGAGAUGAUCCGGAGGGGUUCCAAAACUUCAUCGAAAAUGUAGCCAUUGUAGGAGCUGGCGAGAACAUUAGAAAAGCCAUCGCAGAGGAACUCCUAAAGACUGGGAAACAUACCGUGACAGCUAUCACGCGUAAUGAAAACACUGGCUCCCUACUGAAUGGUUUCAAGAAAGCCUCUGUCAGUUACGAGGACAGGAAGUCGGUGGUGGCAGCUUUGAAGGGUCAAGACUUCCUCAUUAUCACGCUCUCACUGAGCGCCCCUCCGGGUACUUAUACAUAUUUGAUUCAAGCUGCUACCGAAGCAGGCGUUUCAUACGUCAUGCCAAACGCUCUCGUCGCAGGUCCCGCCACCUUUGGCUUCGACUUGAAGAAUUGCGCGAUUACUUUGUACAACGACGGCGAACAAGCUAUCAAGGUCUCUGCAUGGGUACAAUGUGGUCGCGCCGUUGUGUUUGUGUUGAGCCAUGAGAUCCUCCCCGAGAACGCCGACGAUCAGUUGACAACCAUCUCCCAAUUUCAUAACAAGACUGUCUUUGCCUCAAGCUUCAAGAUUAUCCAGCGCAACAUGCUGGAGAGUGUCAAACGAGUGACGGGGACAGCCAAUUCUGAUUGGAACAUUGAUCAUGAUACCACUAAAAAGAGAUACAGCGACGGUCUUGAAGAGCUUAAGCAAGGCAAGGGGGACGGCAUUUAUAAGCUGAUGUACGCUGGUGUCUUCCAACCGACCGAUGAUGCAGACUUCGCGUCUGACAACAAUCUCCUGGGACUGCCAAUCGAAGAUAUGGAUGAAGCUACUCGCACUACCAUAUCAAUGUAUACAGAAUAUCCAAUCGAUAGAUGA